AUGGAAAGUUCUAGCCGUCUUUUGGCUUCAAAGGAAAUCUUCAAGAUAAUCCUCUUCGUACUUUGUAUCUACGGGGCAACAGACUACUCCCAGCCAAAGGAGUGGGUGAAGUUCAUCGACAAGCUUGCUGGAAGAAGCCACAUUUAUAUCACCCAGAUAAGUCUUUACAUGACAAUAAUGACGUUGUCUCUAAGUUACUGCGUAAAACAUUUUGGAGCCUCAAGAAUUAAAGAGGUGUACAGAGACUUUCUUUCCAUUACUCUUCCUCUGGAGGGACUAGUGACAACAGUAUUCUGGACACUUAAUGCCAUAGAUCCGACACUUCUCAAGAAUAAGGAUCUUUAUAUGGCAGGUGUUAGGACUCCGCUAAUAUCGGAGAUGUCCAUCCAUCUGUUCCCAUUUAUUCUCCUUCUGAUAGAUCAAGUAGGCGUCAAUAUCUAUGGAGCAAGAAGACAUUACUGGACCUUUGCCAUCUUUGGGUUUGUCUACUUUAUGGUAAUCCAUUACUUCCAAAGACUCAACAACUCCUGGGUGUACCCUUUUCUAGGAUAUAUGUCGAUAUCGAUGAGAAUGGCCUUGGUUGCUGCUGCAACCUUACUUGUCUUUGCUUAUUACAAGCUGUUCCUUCAGAUCUCCAGGAUCAUCAAUGCAAAGAUCCACUCAUCAACUGCCAAGGAUAAGUUACUCUAA